AUGCCAGCCACUUUGCCGCAUCCACCCGUUCAGGGAUGUUUAGUUACUUUUCCAACUCCGCAGAUACUGCUUCUUACUCUAAACCAACCAAAAAAGCGUAAUUGUAUCUCACUGAGUACGAGCGCGGAGAUACAACGACUAUGGGAAUGGUUCGAUAGCGAGCCAAAUCUACAGGUGGCCAUUAUCACUGGCACUGGGGAAUCCUUCUGCUCCGGCGCGGAUAUAAAAGAAUGGAAUCAGCUCAACGAACGAGGCAUAACAAAUGAGAUGACAGCACCAGGUCUGGCGGGCCUUCCGCGCCGUCGAGGCACAAAACCCAUCAUAGCGGCUGUGAACGGAUAUUGUCUCGGGGGCGGAUUCGAGAUGGUAGUCAACUGCGAUUUAGUCUUCGCCAGCGAACAAGCGAUCUUCGGACUGCCCGAAGUCCGACGCGGAGUCGCAGCAGUAGCUGGCUCUCUGCCUCGGUUAAUCCGCGUUCUAGGCAAGCAACGAGCGGCCGAGAUGGCACUUAGUGGUAAUACCAUUUCGGCAUCCCAGCUCGAGCGCUGGGGACUGGUAAACCGUGUGGUGGAAGCAAGCCGGCUGCUGGAUUCUGUGGUGGAGAUUGCCAGCGCCAUCGCAAGCAAUAGUCCCGACAGUCUCCGGGUUACGAUGGAGGGGCUUCACAUGGGCUGGGAGAGAGCCAAUGUCGAAGAUGGUAGUACAGCUCUGGUGGAUGACUGGUAUGGGAAGCUCAUUGCUGGACCUAAUUUCCACGAGGGCAUGAGGGCGUUUGUGGAGAAGCGAAAGCCACGCUGGCGGCCCUGCAGCUUGUGA